CUGGGAUUGUCUGUCAAUUUCCUCCUGCAGAUGAUUCAGGCAUUUGCGCGGUGAUUGUGGUUGGUAUUCUCUGCGUGCACCCUGAGGGACAUCCGUCAUGCAUUCCUACAUCCGUCCCCACGAGUACGUUGCUAUCCGUCUCCCGUCCGAUGCGACGAGGAUCGUGGAAGUAGUACCUAAUACAACUGUCUCGCUGGGAAAGUACGGCACCUUCCCUACCAACCAGAUCAUUGGCCGUCCGUUCUAUCUAACCUUUGAAAUUCAAGAUCCCGUGGGUGGAAAGGGCAAUAUCGAAUUGCGCGUUGUCUCUGCAGCCGAGCUUCAUGCAGAAGCCCUGAUCUCCGAAGGUUCUGGGGAGGCCGAUGGAGAGGGCGAGGAGCUGGAAAUGACCGCCAAGGGCGCGGCUCCUAUGCGCACAAACCGCGAUAUCAUCGAUGAAGCGUCAACCCAGAAACUAACGCUUGAAGAGAUUGAGGCGUUGAAGAAGGAAUCUACGGGAGCAGGAAAGGAGAUCAUAUCACGCCUACUCGAGUCGCAUUCUGCUCUCGACCAGAAAACCGCAUUCUCUCUAGCGAAGUACACCCUUCGGAAACGGAAGAAAUACAUGAAGCGCUUCACCGUCUUUCCCUUAGAUGUCCAUGUCCUCACUAAUUACAUGUUGGAAAAGGAUGCGCCGAGGGUUAUGGAGUUACGGAAUGAAGUGGUCGGCAUGGUUGGAUGCUUCGCAAACGUACAUCACGGCGGGAAUGUUCCUCUCCAGGAAGCUCUAGCGUCGAAACCAAACGGCCGCUAUCUUGUUGUCGAUGAAACUGGGGGGUUGAUCGUUGCUGCAAUGGCUGAAAGAAUGGGUAUUCUCUAUCCACACCAUGAUGAUGACGAAGAGGAUCGAAGCGACGCAGAGACAGAGCAGCAAGCACACUCCGGGCCAUUGAAUAGUGAAACAAAUGAAAAUAUGGAGGUGGAUAGCAAUGAGCAAGAUGACAACGACGCUCCCUCAAAGCCUCGCCACAUUCGCCGCCCUGCCAUGUCCGCAUCUGGCAAUACCAUUACCCUUCUCCAUGCACACGCACAACCAAAUCUCUCGCUCCUCAGAUAUUUUGGCUAUGAUGCGGACAGCCCGGACGAAUCGCACCCUCUUUACACGCAUCUGAAAGCCGUAUCCUGGCUGCAACUUCUAGACCCCAAUGCUGAUUCCAUCUACGCAAACAAACCCGAGGUAAUUCCCGACUCGACUCUAUCCACCUGGAAACCCAGCAAACGCAGCAUGUACUUCCGCAAGCAGAACAGAUGGGCCCGUGUGCGCAGCGUUGUUGAUGAAGCCCGCGCAGGCGGCUUCGACGGUCUCGUCGUGGCUACUCUCAUGGAGCCAGCCUCGGUCAUGAGACAUGCAGUCCCGUUACUAUCAGGCUCCGCUCCAGCCGUUGUCUACUCACCCUCUGUUGAGCCUCUGGUUGAAUUAAUAGAUCUGUACUCUACGGCUCGAAAAACAGCAUACAUCAGCCGAAGGCAAGAGCUUCAGUCCCAGAAACAACUACAACAGCCAAGCACUCCGCAGCCGCAACCCGGCGAGCAGAAACAAGGACAAGAACAAUCAGAAGAUACCAACGAUAACGGCAAAAGAGGUGCCUCAGAUAGCCCCGGCCCCGACCUUGACCUUCCCGAACUAGAUGCCGAGUUCCCAGUCAAUCCCACUCUUCUUCUCGCACCCACCUUGCACACGUCCAGGGUACGUCCCUGGCAGGUCUUACCGGGCCGUACACAUCCGCUCAUGUCCGGUCGCGGUGGCGCAGAAGGAUACGUUUUCCAUGCAAUCCGCGUCUUGCCUACACGGGAAUAUAUCCAGGCUGCGGGGCACCCAUGUCGGAAGAGGAGGAAGGUUAAAUCUGAGGAACAAACAACUUAG